AUGGCCGAUGAAAUGAGGAUCCUGACGGUGCGGCAGCCGUGGGCAUGGGCGAUCAUCCACGGCGGCAAGGACGUAGAGAACCGGGUGCGGAACAUCGCCGGCGACUACCGCGGACCCAUCGCAAUCCACUCCGGCCUCGCGAUGUUCGAGGAGGAGGGUGGCGCGUUCCCGGAGGUGCAGCAAGCUAUCUGGGUCGAAGACGAGGGCUACGUUCCCACUGAUGACCAGCUCUGGGAAGUCGCCGAUGAUGUAGACCCCGAGGAUCCUCGGUUCGUCUACGGCGCGAUCCUUGGCGUCGUCGAUCUCGGCGAGGUGCAUGAGGCUAAAGAGUGCGUGGAAAUGACGUUCCAAGGGAACGUGUUCUGCUCUCGGUGGGCCGAGCCAGAUGGGUACCACCUCGUGCUUGCGAAUCCGCGCCCGCUCACCGAACCGAUCCCGUACCGGGGCACUCUCGGACUCCGCAGGCUCGAUGCGUCGACUAUUGCCCGGAUCAAUGAGCAACUCGGGUGA